GGAGAGUCCGGAGGCGGAAACCGAGCCGGGAGUCUGUUGUUCUGGCGCUGCCGCGGGGGACGGGGGAAGGGUGAUGGGCUGAGCGGUCGGCAGCAGGGAUUGGAUAGAAAUGGAAGGGUCAAAGACUUCGGGUUCUACCAUGCAAGUGAGCUUUGUGUGCCAGCGUUGCAGUCAACCUCUCAAGCUGGAUACAUCGUUCAAUGUCUUGGAUAAAGUCACAAUUCAGGAGCUCACAGCUCCUUUAGUUACAGUUACUCCUGUGAAACCAGAAGAAGGCAGGGUGGAAGAUGGCAGCUUCCCAGAGGAAACUUGUACAGAAGACAAGCCAGACGGUGUAUCCAGAAAAUACAUCCCUCCAGCUCGGAUGUUGUCCACAGAAAGUGCCAAUAGUUUUACACUAAUUGGAGAAGCUUCUGAUGGUGGGACAAUGGAAAACCUAAGUCGAAGGCUCAAGGUGACUAGUGAUCUGUUUGACAUAAUGUCUGGUCAGACAGAUGUGGACCACCCUCUUUGUGAAGAAUGUACAGACACAUUGCUGGAUCAAUUAGACCAGCAGCUGAAUGUUACAGAAAACGAAUGCCAGAAUUACAAGAACUGUUUAGAGAUCCUUGAACGAAUGAGUCAGGAAGAUGAAGAGCAGCUUCUGGAAGAGCUAAAAAUGCUGAACUCCGAAGAGGACCAUCUGAUCCAGGAACUUGGAAAUGUAGAAGAGAAACGGAAGAAGGUAGCAGAUGAUUUGGCAAAGGUCAGAGCAGAGACUGACAGACUCAAUCAAGAAGAAGCCCAGUACCAGAGAGAGUAUUCUGAAUUUAAAAGACAGCAAUUGGAGCUUGACGAUGAGUUAAAGAGUGUUGACAAUCAAAUGCGAUAUGCUCAGAUUCAGCUUGACAAGCUCAAGAAAACCAACGUUUUCAAUGCUACAUUCCAUAUAUGGCACAGUGGACAGUUUGGCACUAUCAACAACUUCAGACUAGGGCGUCUACCAAGUGUUCCUGUUGAGUGGAAUGAGAUUAAUGCAGCUUGGGGACAGACUGUGCUACUUCUGCAUUCACUGGCUAACAAGAUGGAACUUCGAUUUCAAAGGUAUCGCCUUGUUCCUUACGGCAAUCAUUCAUACCUGGAAUCACUUACAGACAGAACCAAGGAGCUGCCCUUGUAUUGUUCUGGGGGAUUGCGAUUCUUCUGGGAUAAUAAAUUCGAUCAUGCUAUGGUAGCUUUUCUGGACUGCGUACAACAAUUUAAGGAAGAGGUAGAAAGAGGUGACACUGGCUUCUGUUUACCAUACAGGAUGGAUGUGGAAAAAGGAAAGAUUGAAGAUACGGGAGGAAGUGGAGGAUCUUAUUCUAUUAAAACUCAGUUCAACUCUGAAGAACAGUGGACUAAAGCACUGAAAUUUAUGCUUACCAAUUUGAAAUGGGGACUGGCUUGGGUGUCUUCUCAGUUCUACAAUAGAUGAUUACACACUAUAUUUCCUUACUGAAUCUACACUGAUUUUGCUGUACAUCGUUUCUUAACUUAGCCUGUUAUUGCCUGUAGAAAGUUCUAUGCUUUCCUGGAGGAAUCAUCCACAUCAUCAAUUGUGGGAAGAAUUGGAGAACUGGCUGGCACAGUGGAUUUAUCUUUCAUCUCUGGACACUGUUCCAAAUCAGAUGGUUGAAGCUGUUGGCUAUUUGUGUGAAAUGGGUUUAGGUACUUUUAGUCCAGUUCCUAAAUAAGCAUGAGGCUGCAUCCCAAAGCUGUCCCCAGUUCUUUCAUUGCUGGCCACAGGGUGACUGGUGUGAGACAUAAGAAGGAAUAUCACCUGCUGCAGUAGGGGUUUCUGUUCUGAUACAGACAUACCAUAAGAGAAGAUGCCUCUUCUCUGCACCCUUCCUGAGAUUACGUCAUGCUGAGACUGAGUGCCCGAAAUAAAAGAUCUAUUCCUCAGCAUUAAGAUCUCUCUUUUACCUUAAGCACAGAAACAGGGAGGGUCAAAAUAACUUGCAAUUUUUUUAGUGAGAUGUACAGCUAGACCUUUAGGGCAUUGUAUACUGAAUUAAUAUGUGCUGCACUAAUG